GAUGACAGCGAAUGACAGCCUUGUUUAGCUGCAGCCAGUGUGCUACAACGCUAACCGCCAACAAACUCUCUUUCUGGCCUACAAACCUAAUGAAUAACCGCGUCUAGAGACUCUGGGACUAACUUGCAGAAGCCAGGUACAUUUGCCCUUUAGUUCUCCGUCUGCCUGGGGCCCGUGAAGAUGGUGAAGCCAGACAUCCACACUCUGGCCCACCACCUGAAGCAGGAGCGGCUAUAUGUGGCGUCGGAGAAACAUCUGAUCCAGAGGCUCAACAGCGAUGUACUGAAGACUGCUGAGAGGCUCUACCGUGCCGCAUGGAUUGCCAAGCAGCAGAGGAUCAACCUCGAUCGGCUCAUCCUCACCAGUGUGGAGGCCUCCCCGGCUGAGUGCUGCCAACAUGCCAAAAUGCUGGAAGAUACACAGUUCAUCGAUGGAUACAAGACUCUGGGUUUCCAGGAAACGAUCUACGGCGAGUUCUUGGCCAGAUUUCGGGAAAAUCCCAGACUUGUUGCUUCCUGCCUGGUGGCAGGAGAAAAACUUAACCAGGAACACACCCAGGGCGUCAUCUAUAACGUCUUCACCUCACUUUACGGCAACUGUAUCAUGCAGGAGGACGAGAGCUACCUGCUGCAGGUGUUAAGAUAUUUGGUAGAAUUUGAGCUGAAGGAGAGCGACAACCCUCGCCGUCUUCUCCGACGUGGAACCUGUGCCUUCAGCAUCCUUUUCAAACUCUUCUCCGAGGGCCUGUACUCGGCCAAGCUCUUCCUCACGGCUACCCUUCAUGAAGCCAUAAUGCAGCUGUUGGUGGAGGAUGAAGAUCACUUGGAAACCGACCCGGCUAAGGUGACGGAGCGCCUCACUCCAGCUCAGCAGGAACGCUUCGGGGAGAAAGGCUCCGAGGAAUACAAGCAAAGAGUUCAGGCAGCUGUGGAGGCUAACGAAGCCAAGCUGGUAGCUCUGGUCAACAAGUUCAUCGGUUACCUUAAGCAGAACACCUACUGCUUUCCUCACAGCCUACGCUGGAUCGUGUCCCAAAUGUACAAAACUCUGUCGUGUGUGGAGCGUCUUGAAGUGGGCGAGGUGCGCACCAUGUGCACCGACCUCCUGCUGACCUGUUUCAUUUGCCCGGCUAUCGUUAACCCAGAGCAGUAUGGCAUCAUCUCCGAUGCACCCAUCAAUGAAGUGGCUCGUUUCAACCUGAUGCAGGUGGGGCAGCUUCUACAGCAGCUGGCCAUGGCCGAUGACGAUUCAGACCCCAGACGGAAGAGCAGUUUGUCAAAGUUUGAUAAGAGUUGUGUUGCUGCUUUUCUGGAUGUGGUGAUUGGAGGACGAGCCGUUGAGACGCCACCCAUGUCCUCCAUGAACCCUCUCGAAGGUCUCAGCAGAACGGCGGUCUACAUUACUCAUAGUCAGCUGCUUGCACUGGUGGACUUUGUUCGGAGCGUGAUGGCAGGAGACCAUCUUCGAGAGGAGGAGCACAUGGCCCUGGAGACCCUGCUAGCUAACGUUCCACACUCCCGACCCGUGAAGAGCAACAGUUUGGAGCUGACCCCCUCCAACACCCCUCAGCUUUCCCCAGCUACAACCCCUGCCAAUAAGAAGAACAGAUUACCCAUAGGACAACAUUUAGCUGCUAUAACAUCCUGGGACCCCUCAUCCACCACUCUCUCUGCUCACAUUCCAUUAGUAACCCCUUUUGCUGCUCGCAGCCGUAGCCGUACCAACAUCGCCCAGGAGGGGGAGGCAGAGGCCAGCUCCCAGGAGUCCCUGCAAGAGCUGAUGCCAGAGGAGGUGCUAGUAAUUUCACUCGGAACUGGUCCUCAAACUGUCCCUGGGAUGAUGUCAGAGAAUGAGGUUUUGAACUUGCAGAUGGCUGAUGGGCCCCAGGGGGACGGCCUUGCUGAUGAUACCAAGCUGCACGGCAAACCAGACAAAACCCUUCGCUUCUCACUGUGCAGCGACAACUUGGAGGGAAUCUCAGAGGGACCGUCCAAUCGCUCCAACUCAGUUUCCUCUCUGGACCUGGAGGGAGAGUCUGUCUCUGAGUCGGGAGCUGGACCAUCAGGGAGCAACGGGGUAGAAGCACUGCAGCUGUUGGAGCACGAACAGGCUACCACUCAGGACAACCUGGAUGACAAACUGCGCAAGUUUGAGCUCAGAGAUAUGAUGGGUCUGACGGAUGACCGGGACAUCUCUGAGACGGUCAGUGAGACCUGGAGCACCGACGUCCUUGGAAGCGACUUUGACCCAAAUACGGAUGAAGAUCGACUGCAGGAAAUAGCAGGGGCAGCAGCGGAGAACAUGCUCGGCAGCCUGCUGUGCCUUCCUGGCUCCAGUUCAGUUCUCUUGGACCCCUACGGCUCCACCAUCUCAGAGACCACAAGCGAAGCCUGGAGUGUGGAGGUCCUUCCCAGUGACUCAGAAGCUCAAGACCUGAAGCAGGAGGAACGCCUGCAGGAGCUGGAGAGCUGCUCUGGGGUCGGCAGCACCUCAGAUGACACAGAGGUCAGAGAAGUCAGCUCGAGACCCAGUACACCAGGCCUCAGUGUUGUCUCAGGUAUCAGUGCGACCUCAGAAGACAUCCCAAACAAGAUCGAGGACCUGCGGUCCGAGUGCAGCUCAGAUUUCGGCGGGAAGGACUCCGUGACCAGUCCUGAUGGCGAGGAGUCGGGUCAUGGAGCCCACCAGCUGACAUCUCCACCUUCACAGGCCGAUUCGUUGCUCGCCAUGUUCGAUCCGCUCUCCUCCGGUGAAGGUUCUUCCACAGGGACAAUAGUCAGGCCCAAGGUGCACUACGCCAGGCCCACUCACCCUCCCCCAGAUCCUCCCAUCCCUGAAGCCAGUGCCAUGGGGCCGGAUGUGCGGCACUCCAUUUGCACGGCCCAAUACUUGGCCCAGUCUGAGCUGGAGCAGUCAAAGCAGCGCCAUUCCUUCCCUGACAGACUGGUCCGCAGUCGCAGUUCUGACAUCGUGUGCCCGGGUCGACGGCCCACGAGCGACCCCGGCCUCAACAGGCGGGUAGCGGUCGAAGAGCGUGACCCUCCCGGGGCUUUCGCCUCAGGACCAUCGUCAUCGCCAAGCAAAGACUCCCUGAAAGGAGAGGUGGAGGACAGAAAAGACAGCGACGAUGAAAAAUCUGAUCGCAACAGACCGUGGUGGAAGAAACGUUUCGUCUCAGCCAUUCCCAAAGCUCCCAUCACAGCGUUCAGGAAGAAGGACAAACAUGAGAAGGAGGAUCCGCCUCAGGAUCGUGUUCCACAAGAUGACCCAGUGCCAAGACAGAACUCUCAAGCCCAGGCAGCCGAGGACAUUCUGGACAAGUACAGGAACAUCAAGAGGACCAGUCCGAGUGACGGAGCCACAGGAGGAGCCUCUUAUGACGGUUCAGGAGGUCUGUGCGAUGAAGACAAUGUGAAUGAGCCUCCCAGAGAGGAUGCUCUGCAGAAUAUUUCUGCAGAUGAUCUACCAGACUCAGCCAGCCAGACGGCGCAGCAGCACGAUUCCAAAUUUUCUUUUAGUGAUGCAAAGAAGAAGCUAAGGUUGGCUUUGUGCUCUGCUGACUCUGUGGCUCUCCCUAUUAUGGCACCAACAAGCACACGUAAUGGACUCCCUGAUCACAUGGACCCUGAAGACAAUGAAAUCGUCUGCUUCCUGAAGAUCCAGCUGGCGGAGGCCAUCAACCUUCAGGAUAAGAACCAGAUGGCCCAGAUUCAGGAGACCACUCGCUGCGUCAGCCGUUUUGAUGCACGCACCUGCAGGAAGCUGCUUGCCGCCAUCGCAGAGGAUUACAGAAAGCGGGCUCCGUACAUAGCUUAUCUAACCAGGUGUCGCCAGGGUCUGCAGACAUCCCAGGCCCACCUGGAGAGGCUCCUGCAGAGGGUCCUGAGAGACAAGGAGGUGGCAAACCGCUACUUCACCACAGUCUGCGUUCGCCUCCUUCUUGAACAUAUGGAGACAAAGAUGCUGGAGUUCAUUAAAGCUUUCCAGGGGUGCACAGCAGCUGAUGACAAGACUGCAGCAGUGGAGGAUUUCCUGCGCUACUUGUACGGUGCCAUGGCCCGUGAUGCCAUUUGGCAGUUUGCAAGCGAGGACCAGCUGCAGGACGCCCAGAUGGCCAUCGAGCGCAGCGUUAUGAACCGCAUCUUCAAACUGGCCUUCUACCCCAAUCAGGAUGGAGAUAUUCUCAGAGACCAGCUGUUCCAUGAACACAUCCAGCGGCUUUCAAAGGUUGUGACAGCAAAUCAUAGAGCUCUGCAAAUCCCAGAGGUUUACCUUAAAGAGGCUCCCUGGCCUUCAGCACAGGCUGAGAUCAGGACCAUCAACGCAUACAAGACGCCACGAGACAAAGUCCAGUGCAUCCUGCGCAUGUGUUCCACCAUCAUGAAUCUGCUGAGUCUCGCCAACGAAGACUCUGUGCCAGGAGCGGACGACUUCGUCCCAGUCCUCGUCUUCGUCCUCAUAAGAGCAAACCCGCCCUGCCUGCUGUCCACCGUUCAGUACAUCAAUAAUUUCUACGCCAGCCGGCUGAGUGGGGAGGAGUGCUAUUGGUGGAUGCAGUUCACCGCUGCGGUGGAAUUCAUUAAGACCAUCGACGAUCGCAAGUGAAGCAGAACAGCCACCUGUACGGGCAGACUGCGGGGGAAGGAGCCGGGAGACUGGGAGACUUCCCAGCCAACUGCUCCCACUGCAGAAAAGCUGGCUCUCAGCCCUGCUCCGAAUUUGUAUAACUUGUACAUAGCCAGAGACGUUGAGAGAUAACAAAAUAUAUAUUACUGUACGUAUGUGGACAAAUCCAGAUCUUAGCUGAGGUGGGGGAGAAACAUGCAACCGUAAGGUUAAAUCUGAUUUCAAAUUUUCCUUGUAUUCUUUUUUUGAGGUUUCCUCCCUUUUUUGUUGGAUAUGUUAGGAAUUUUAUGUAUUCACAAUAAUAUGAGGUUAAAUCAAUGUAAAAUAUAAUCUUAUCUAAAGGGACCAGACCUCCUUGGUGAUGAUCGCUGUUUUGUUUUUGUUUGUUUCCCACGCAGGUUCGAGUUGAGGGAUGAACUACAGUGUAACUUUUAAUUCACUGCAUUUGGUUGCAGUGAUUCACAGUUAUAGCUGCUGAUGGGAUUUAAUGACAUUCACACUGAGAUCAACACACGUUUCACCACACGCUCAUCCAACACUUGGGCAGCUUGUUUCAUGAUUUACGGCAACUUCUUUUCCAAACUUUCAAUAAUUAGAAUAUAAGGGCCUACAUAUUUUAACACACAAGAUAUUUAUAAAGUUUGCUCUAUUUAAUGCUUUAUCUAACUUUAAGAAGAAAAAAAUAAAAAAUAACAAUGCAUAUCAUGUCUUGAGGUUAUAGUGAAAACAUUUGAAACAUUUGGACCGCUUGCGUCAGGAAGGCACCUUUAGCAUUGUGAUGUACAGGGUUAACUCAUGCACAGAGCAACAGUGGCAUUUAUGGAUCUAUAGAAAUAGUGCCUUUGAUGUGGGGUGCUCUACAGGUUUUUAGUUGUUAAACUAAAAUAGAUGCUCUUUUCCCCCCUCCCCGCCCGUCCACUCGCCACUGGGUCACUGACCAUUUCCCCCCCUGCUGGAACGUGGGCAUCGCCGCACUUCUUACCGUCCUGGCUCAGUCCUUUUUGAAGCACGUAAGUCGGAACAACAAAAAAAAUCCCAACCUACCUCAGAGUUAUACCCAAUGAGCCUACAAUCGGAUUAAUUGAAAGACGUGCUGAUCACCUUUACACUGGUUAAAAAUAAAAAAUAGAAGAAAUGAAUAUUUAAUUGAAAUACUGUGAUGUUUUUUGUGCCGCCAUCCUUCAUCGAAAUGACCUUUGGCGAUGGUAUUAUAGUAAGUUUUGUAAUAUUAUACCUGAGAUUCCCACUUUUGCAUCUGUAAACUAUUUUGGAUCUCUACCUCCUUAUGAGUUCGACAAAAGGGACUUUUAUUUAUGUGCGCUUCUUUCCUUUUCUUUUUUUUUUGUCCUCCCCCAGCUAUGGUGUGGUGUGAUGGCUCGUUAUCAUUGUAUUUUUCUAGCUGUUUCAAGCAUGUUAACUAUUCAAUGACUGAAACCCUCUUUUCUUUUUUCCUCCCCUUUUAAAUCCUGCUUCAUUUUUCAGCACAGUUGUGCCAUUUGUAUUAUAGUUUACAAUAAUCCAUUUUUUCCCCAGUUACGACAGCACAAUUCACAGUAGGAUAAAGGUCCAAAAACUAAAAACGGAAAAGAAAAAAAAAAACACUAUUGACUUGUUACUGACUUGCAGUUGAUGCUAAAGUGAUUGGUGUAGAAUGAAUGUAGGUGUGCGAGAGGCUUGUGCGACUUGUCGACCCUCUGCCUCCUCUUGCAUGAAGUCAUUGUUCGGUCUGUGCAGUCUCAGUCGUCAUGAACUGUAGAAUAGGAUUAGAAUGGGCCACAGACCUGCAGCUGAACCUGCAAGAGGAUGCAAAGCAUUCUUUUUGUGUCCGCGAUACAUGCAUAUCAGAAACUGGUAUAUUUUGCACAAAGCAAACUUGUUUUCCUGGACGAUUCGACAGGGAGCGGUGCAUUUUUGCCUUUACUCUUCAACUAAUGUGAUUAAAAUGAAUUGCAAAGUUAAGCAUCUCACUGUGUUUCUCUUUUAAGCUGAAGAACUGGUAUUGGAUACCUUCACAAACUAGCUUUCCUUUUUCUUUUUUCCUUUAAUACCCGUCCCCAACAGCUCGUGAACAGGUUUUCUGUGUACGUGCACUGCUCUUCCUUGCAGUCAGAGUAAUGAAUCCAAUGAGAAAACCACACACUGGAAAAUCAAGUUGCAGGUUGCAUCUAUACUACUUAGCUUUAUGUGAUGUCACUUUAAUUGGGGAAUACAUACUCCACAAAUCGGAUCAAAUUACUCGGACCUGGCCUCGUGUGUCAGCGUGUCCUCAGACAGCCAAUCACAGCAACAGUGUUCAUGAAGAAAACAAAUUAUCGUACGAAAGAAAAACAACUCUGCAAAUGAAAUUUGAGCCUUCAGUGUUAGCGACCAAAUGUACUAAAGAGUUCAGAGCUUUGCUCCUCUGCUUUUGGUACAGUUAAAAAAGUAAAAGUUUUACAUUUUGCUUCAGAUUUAUUCAUUUGGAAGCUUGCACCACCAUGCAGGGAAAGUUGAUUCGUCUUUGCAGUGAUCAAUGCAUUAUGUCCUUUCUCCUUUCAAAACAAAUACAAAAUGCACACCUUUUUUUUUAACCUUUAUUUCUACCUGAUUAAACACUUUUUCACACAAUGUUAAACAUCUGUGACUUUUUCAGACGGUAUGCAGUGAUUCACACAAUGGCUGCAAAAGUUUAUCAAGCCUUUGCAUUGCAUAUAAUUGUAAGUGGGAGCAACAGAGGAGAAAUAUCCACAAAUGGCAACGUCUCUGCAAACAUUUCAUUACUGCUGACUAGAGUUUCAGUGGGUUGUAAUUGGAGAGAUCCCCCCCUUCAUCUAAAAGCUCUCCUUACAUCACCGGCUGCCUCCUCUAAUACCCAUCUUUUUACCAUUAUGAACAUGUUCUUGGAGUGCUUAGUGUCCCUUGAUGAUAUCUCUUAAUUGUUCAUUUAAAUUCAAAUAUUGGUGAGUAAAGUUAAUUAGCAGCAUAAGCCAGUGGCUAGAUUGGAUCUUUGUGACGCUCAAAAUAUCUGAGCUGCUGCGAGAUGCUGAAGUUUGUUUAAAAUUUAAAGUGCCAAAGGUGUUUUUUUUUUUU